GGGUCAAGAGCAGAGCACAAGGAACACUUGUAAGUCCUUUUCCAUUUCCCCACCAGGUGAUGGAUCAGGAUAAACCAUGGGCUCUGAUCUCAGAGCUUGGUGAGGGGGUCUACACUGAAGACAUCACUGACAUCAUGAAACAACACUUCCAUUUAAUAAGCCAUAAAGAGUUCCUCCAAAACCCCCAGCUGCAAGGCCCCAAAAUCCAGGCCUUGUUUUUGUGGAAUGCUUGUCCUGAUGCUGAGCCGUCUCUGCUAACUUCACUGCCAUUACUGAAGGUGGUGGCUAAUGGAGGAGUGGGCAUUGACCACCUGGAUGUGCCCUACAUUAACAGCCUGGGUGUGAAAGUCACCAACACUCCUGGUGUGGUGAGUGAUGCCACAGCCGACAUGGCCAUGGGUCUGCUUCUGGCAUCGGCACGAAAGAUCGUUGAAGGUCACAGAGUAGCUACAGACCCAAAUACAUUCAGUGUACCAGAAGGCAUGAUGGGAGUUGAAGUCACAGGGUCCACCAUGGGGAUCAUUGGAAUGGGUGACAUUGGACUCAAAAUAGCCAGAAGAGCCAGAGGAUUUGAAAUGAAGAUCCUGUACCAUAACAGGAACAGAAGGAGUCCUGAGGAUGAGGCGUCGGUGGGGGCCUCUUACUGUCAGAACAUAGACGACCUGCUCAGACAGUCGGACUUCGUUGUCCUGGCGGUGAACCUGAGCCCAGAAACCAGAGGCCUGAUCAGCCACAGACAGCUGUCCCUGAUGAAGCCCACAUCCACCCUGGUCAACAUCAGCAGAGGUCUUGUUGUGGACCAGGAUGCCUUAGUCCAAGCUCUCCGGUCUGGAAUGAUUCGUGCAGCAGCGUUAGACGUGACUUACCCUGAACCUUUACCAAGGGACCACCCUCUUCUUGGACUGCCUAAUGUGCUCAUCACCCCCCACAUUGGAACCGACACCUAUACUACGACCAGAAAGAUGGUCCAGCUGAUGGUGGAGAAUGCUGUGGCUGCAGUGAAGGGCCUUCCCAUUCCUAAUGAAGUCAGGCCCAAAUGA